AUGGCUGACGAUGCUAAUGUUCGACAAGAAAUUCUUAACAAGACUCUCCAGGAGGUAGCGCUUGAAGAUGAAGACGGCUCAGCAAGCCCUUGCGUCAUAUGCUUAGACACCGUCAGCGAGCCAGCGGUUGCCAUACCCUGCAACCAUGCCAAUUUUGAUUUCCUGUGUCUCGCGAGCUGGCUUCAGCAGCGUCGUGUAUGUCCCUUGUGCAAAGCAGAGUUGACUGCAAUCAAGUACGAUCUUCAAUCAGCAGGAGGCCCGAAGCUUUAUGCUCUUCCAUCAGACCCGGAAGCUCGCACCGCUGCCUAUGCAGCCCGAGUAGAUCACGACCCCGCGUUUCACAGGCAUCGUCCUCGUCCAAGACCCUCUCAACAUCGGACACCCUCUAUUCGGGAUACCGACGACGCUCUAGCGUGGCGCCGUCAUGUUUAUCGCAAACAGCUCUUUUCGCUCCAUGUUGGCUCCAACCGUUUGUCGCAAUACCGCGAACUGACUCCGCAAUUAUUCAACCAUGACGAGAAUCUGGUAUCUCGUGCUCGCAAAUGGAUCAGGCGAGAGCUGCAAGUUUUCGAGUUUUUGAAUCCAGAUGGUACCGAGGAGCGCAACGAAGAGUCAAAUGGGAGACCAAGACCCGGCGAACAGAGACUUCAUAAUCGACGAGCCAAUAAUGCGGAAUUCCUUUUGGAAUAUAUCAUUGCCAUUCUGCGCACAGUAGAUAUGAGGGGUAGUGCAGGACAGGCGGAAGAGCUCCUGCAGGAAUUUAUAGGGAGGGCAAAUGCUCGGUUGUUUUUGCAUGAGCUAAAUGCAUGGUUGAGGAGUCCUUAUAACUCACUUCAGGACUGGGAUCGCCACGUGCAGUAUCGUGAUAUCAACGUCCCAAGCAGGCCUCUUUCUGCUGUAGGUGAUGAGCGCGAUUCAGGCUCUGAUCUACGGUCUGUAUCCAGAUCACCUCGAGUUGAGCUUGGAAGAGUCGUGAAACGUCACGGGCUGCAAUCAUCCAGGGAGAGGGCGCGCCGUGAUGAUCCUGCAGCACGAACACGACGAUUGCAACAUGCGCGACAGAGAUAUCAACCUGACUGA